AGCAGAGAGACAGAGGCGGGGCCAGCGGUAACCCAGGCAACGAGAGCGACAGGCUGGGAAAGCGUGUGAGGAGGAAGAGGAAGCUGUACAUGGACUCGGGUGACGAAGACGAGGAGAACCCCGAGGAGGAGGAGGAAAAGUCCAAGGCGGGCAAAGGAAGGAGAGCUGCCAAGCAGGCCAGGCAAGUAAUGACCCAGCCAGCAAAGAAGAAAGUGUGGAGUUGGCACACGUACCUGGAAGAGGAGAAGGCUGUAGCCGCCCCAGUCAAGCUCUUCAAAGAGCACCAGUCGUUUCCUCAGAGUCGGAACGGCUUCAAAGUGGGCAUGAAGCUGGAGGGCCUGGACCCCUGCCACCCGUCCCUGUUCUGUGUGCUCACUGUGGCAGAGGUCCAGGGUUACAGGAUACGACUGCACUUCGAUGGUUACCCUGAGUGCUAUGACUUCUGGGUAAAUGCAGACGCCUGGGACAUUAAGCCAGCUGGCUGGUGUGAGAAGACAGGGCAUAAACUGCUGCUCCCCAAAGGGUGCAAAGACGGAGAGUUCAACUGGAGCACCUAUGUGAAGAACUGCAGAGGACAGAUCGCUCCUAAACACCUCUUCAAGAGUCUCAACACUUCUGUCACCCCGUCUGGGUUCCGCCCGGGGAUGAAACUGGAGGCAGUGGACAGGAAGAACCCCUCUCUGAUCUGCGUGGCCACCAUCGCUGGCGUGGUAGACAACCGCCUGCUCAUCCACUUCGACAACUGGGACGACAGCUACGACUACUGGUGUGACUCCAGCAGUCCUUACAUUCACCCCGUGGGUUACUGCCAGGAGCAGGGACUGACCCUGACGGCCCCAGCAGAAUACAAACAUCCGAGGAGCUUCUCUUGGGAGAAAUAUCUAGAGGAGACGGGAUCCCAAGCUGCCCCCGCCAGGGCCUUUAAACAGAGACCCUCUCACGGGUUCCAGGUGAACAUGAAGCUGGAAGCCGUGGACAAGAGGAACCCCAUGCUGAUCAGAGUGGCCACCAUCAUGGACACUGAGGACCACCGGGUGAAGAUCCAUUUUGACUGCUGGAGUAAGGACUAUGAUUACUGGGUGGACGCAGACAGCUCCGACAUUCACCCCGUGGGCUGGUGUCAGAAGACCGGGCACCCCCUGCAGAACCCGCUGGGACUGUCCGACUCCACGGCGCUCCCGGGGCAGGGCUGCCCCACUCCGGGGUGCAACGGCGUGGGCCACAUCCGGGGACCCCGGUACGGCACACACUACACAUCGGUCAGCUGCCCCUACUCCGAGAUCAACCUGAAUAAGGAAGGGCUCCUGCCUGACCGGCUGAGCGGAGAGAGGACGGUGGCGCUGGCUGGGCCGCACAAGGGCAAGCGCACCGAGACGCCGACGCCCACCUCCACCACCCCUGACCUGCCCGAGCUGCAGGACGACUCCCCCCACUCCAGUGUUGGCAGGAAGUCUUGGAGCGGCGACAGUGAGCGGUCGGGGCGCAGCAGUGUCCAGAGCCUGUCGGAGCCUAUGCAUAGCAGUGAGGAGAGGAUAGGGGGCGCUGCUGAGCACUGCGACAGUGGCAACAAAGCCAAAAAGUCUGAACAAAUUCCCAAAUGUUUAAAGCUUCAUUUUGUCAAACAGGAAAUCGGAGAUGGAAAAGAGUCCCCCGUGAGUCUGCAGCAGGCUCUACACGACUCGGUGUUCACCCCUUCCUGCUCCACCAGCCCCACCCAGCGCAUCCAGAUGUGCUGGGAGAAGCACUGCAAGCUGCUGCCAGAGGUGCUGGGCCUCUCUGCCAAAAAAGUGGCCAAGUGGACCACUGAGGAGGUCACCAGCUUCGUCAGAGGCUUGCCGGGCUGCAAAGAUCAUGCUGCUGUUUUCAGGAGUGAGCAAAUAGACGGCGAGGCCUUCCUGCUCCUCACCCAGGCGGACAUUGUCAAGAUCCUGAGCAUCAAGCUGGGCCCGGCCCUGAAGAUCUACAACUCCAUCCUCAUGUUCAAGAGUGCUGACGAGGAGUGAGGCUGUGCAGUCCUGUUCAUGGAGAACAGUCUUCCGGAAAAAGGAUGAGCUGUGAGGUGAGGGACUAUGAACUGCUUCAGUGUGCUGCAGGUUUGGACUCCACCAGUAGAUGGCGCCCUUGAAUUGACAGACGGUGGUGGAAAGGAGGUUGGAUCAUGGGAGAAACUGUGGAGGUGGAUACAGAAUUUUGUGAAUUGUUUUUCAUCAGGUUUUGUUUCAAAGCAUAUUUGAACUGGAUUUAACACCAGCCAUUCCUGUGAUGCUGUCUCUCCAAUGAAAUGUUUUUUUAACUACAAAUGAAAAUUUGUAAAAUUCAAGAAGAACACACCUCGUUUAUCUAUUUACUUGGAAAGGGUGUUUCCCUAUAGCGUUUUAGGGAGCACCACUGGCCAACUGUGUAAAACACCCACUUUUUUCCUAUAGGAGUUUCUUGACCUCUGAGGUACCUGCACCUAGUAUGUGAUAAUACUGAGGUUAGUUACCAAGUAAGCAAAAAAAAAAACUGACACUUUUAUGAGACUUAACUUCCAGGGCUCCUCCAGUCACUUCUGUAGGCACAGCCAUAACAGAAAAACCGCGUUGUACUCGAGAGCCAGAAGGAGCCAUGAGCUUUCAGACUCCUAUGUGAAUCUUGUUGUUUUCUGCCUUGGUUUAAGCAGCUGACCAAAGGAACUUUAGCUGGGAGCGUUUUUUAAUUGGUGAUGGGUUUUCUAAUGGUCAGAUCUUUCCAAGGGAAUUAAAUACCUCCACUCUCAAAACUUGAAUGUUAUUAACUAAACCUUCUUUGCUAUGGGUCUGGACUUAUUGUUGGUCAUAGGAAGGCUGUGGAUGAUUUCGGUGUCAAAGGGGUAAAAGGAAAACUAGGGUGAUGGGGAUAGAGUCCACAGAAAAACUGGAAAACUACCAAUAGUUGCAUGACAAUGCAAAAGUGUUUACAUGUAGCUAAAUUUACAUAGAAGGCAUUGGCUCUUUGUCUUUCUCCUUUAUUUGACUGCUAUGUCUGGUUUAUAUGGCUACAACUGUAACUGUAUAGAAACCCCAUGAAAUACAUUGACCCUUGAAAGAAACAUUUCUACACAGUUUCAGCUCGGGUGAGAGAAAUAUAAAUGCUUUUUCACAAACUAAAGGAAUCCAGUCUUGGAUAAGGAAAGGUUAGAAUAACCCUGUUUUUUUAUUUUAAAAAAGGCAAGGGGAGUUUAAAUUAUUCAUACCACUUAACAAAUUCCCAAAAUGUGUCAAGGACUGGACUUUGUGAAUGUUUUAAAAUGAGUUCUUCUACGGUAUUGUUAAAUAAUACUAUUUGGUGCUUAGCUGUUGAAUUUAAAUGUGAGACGCUGUGUAACAUGAUGGUUAUUUAUGUGUGUUAUUUAAGAUAUUUCCUAUUAGGUGAGAAUACCUCCUCGUGAUGUAGCAAUUUGUGCAGGAACAUCCAAGGGAAUGUCUUCAUAGCUCUGUUGGGGAAAUGUACACGUGUCCGAACAAAUUAAACCCCUUUACCCUUUA